AUGGGACGAGUCACAACUAUUAAGAGUGCCAACAUUGUUGGUUUUUCUCUUGCUAUUGUGCUGAUAAUGAUGGCCAUGGUAGUGAUGGUUAAGGGUACAUCAUUAAAUCCAUACUCUGUCAAGAUUAGCACAUUUGCUGGUGGAAAUGGUGAAUUCAAAGAUCCACAAAAACUUGCUAGAUUAUCAAAUGGUGAUAUUCUGGUCACUGAUGCUUUAGGUCAUGCUAUUAAGAAGAUUAACGGAACUGGUGUGAUUACUACAAUUGCUGGUACUGGUGUUGCUGGUUUUGCUGGUGAUAAUGGACCAGCCAUCAAUGCUCAAGUUAACAAACCAUACGGUAUUGCUGUUUCAAGCAAUGAUGAAAUUUAUUUCGCUGACUCUAUGAAUCAUAGAAUUAGAAAAAUUGACAUCACAGGUAAUAUUACAACAGUGGUUGGUACUGGCGCUAACACUUUCAGUGGUGAUGGUGGUUUGGCCACUGAUUGUACCAUGAAUACUCCAAUGGAUGUAUCAUUGAGUGCUUCAGGAGAAUUAUACAUUGCUGAUAUGUAUAAUUAUAGAAUUAGAAAGGUUUUGACCAAUGGCACUAUUGUCACAUUUGCUGGUAAUGGUCAAUCAGGUCAUAUAGGUGAUGGUGGUUUGGCAACAAAUGCUGCUAUGGCUCUUGCUUAUGGUGUUAAAGUUUUUUCAAAUGGAGAGGUUUACAUUUCAGAUAGUUUCAAUUUCAAAGUUAGAAAGGUUGAUGUUAAUGGUAAUAUUACAACUGUUGCUGGUUCUGGUGCUGGACCAUUCAAUGGUGACAAUGUUUUGGCCACUGCUGCCAAUUUGAAUCAUCCAACUGAUGUUCUUCGUUUGGAUACAGGUGAAUUGAUAAUUGCAGACACUGACAAUUACAGAAUUAGACUUGUUAUGCCAAAUGGUACAAUUAUUACAACUGCUGGUAAUGGUACUGCUUCAUUCUCUGAUGGUGAAAUUGCUGAAGAAAAUGGAUUAUCUCUUCCAACUGGUUUGUUAAUGAUUCAAAACGGAUUAUUAAUUGCUGAUGCUGGUAAUAAGAGAAUUAGAUUAUUGCAAAGUAGAAUUUAUUCAUGCUAUGGAAAGUCAUAUCUCGAUUCAAGUGUUUGUAGUGGUCAAGGUCAAUGUGUUGGUAAUAAUAUGUGUCAAUGCAAUGCUGGAUUUGAAGGCCCAACUUGUCUUCCAUCUAGCUAUUAUAUUACAACUGUUGCAAGAGGUUUGAAGGAUCCACAAAAGAUUUCCAAAUUGUCAAAUGGCGACCUUAUUGUUUCUGAUACAGGCGAUCACUCUAUUAAGAAGAUAAGUUACUCAACCGGUGUUGUUACCAGAAUUGCCGGUACUGGAGUUGCAGGUUUUUCAGGUGAUGGUGGUUUAGCAACUCUGGCUCAAUUCAAUAAGCCAUAUGGUAUUGCAGUUACAAUUAAUGAUGAAAUUUACAUUGCUGACUCUUUAAAUCAUAGAAUUAGAUUUAUUGAUGUUAAUGGCAAUAUUUCAACUGUUGUUGGUACUUCAAUUGGAUUCUCUGGUGAUGGUGGUUUGGCUACAGCAGCUAAAUUGAAUGCUCCCAUGGAUGUUUCAUUGAGCGCUUCAGGUGAUUUAUAUAUUGCUGAUAGAGAUAAUUAUAGAAUUAGAAAGGUUUUGGCCAAUGGCACUAUUGUCACAUUUGCUGGUAAUGGUCAAUCAGGUCAUAUUGGAGAUGGUGGUCAAGCAAUAAGUGCUGCCUUAUCUCAAGCUUAUGGUGUUAGAGUUGUUAAUGAUGAAGUUUACAUUUCAGAUAGUAAUAAUUUCAAAGUUAGAAAGAUUGAUGUUAGUGGAGUUAUUACAACAAUUGCUGGUACUGGUGCUGGACCAUUCAAUGGUGACAAUGUUUUGGCCACUGCUGCCAAUUUGAAUCAUCCAACUGAUGUUGCAUUCCUCUCAAAUGGUGAAAUGUUGAUUGCUGAUACUGACAAUAACAGAGUCAGAAUGGUUUUAACCAAUGGUACUAUUGUUUCAAUUGCCGGUAAUGGUACUGCCUCUUUCUCUGAUGGUAGAAUUGCCACCUCAAGAGGAUUAUCUCUUCCAACUGGUAUUUUGGUUGUUUCAGAUGAUGAAAUUUAUAUUGCUGAUGCUAAAAAUGGUAGAAUUAGAUUACUUUCCUCUAAAUUCUUUACUUGUAAUGGUAUUGAUCAAACUGAGACCUCAGUUUGUAGUGGACAUGGUUCAUGUGUUUCAAAGGAUAACUGUGUUUGUAAACAAGGCUGGUCUGGUGCAAACUGUGACACAACAAUUCAAGCUCCACAAUGUGCCAAUCAAACAUUGGGUAUUAAUAUUCCAUGUUCUGGACAUGGUACUUGUGCAAAUGGUGUUUGUACAUGUUCCCCUGAUUUCUAUGGAUCAUACUGUUCACUCUCUGUUAUGAUAAGUUCUAAAGGAUAUACUCAUCCAAUGAUGGGUGUUUUCAUGAUGGCUAUUAUUAAUUCAUUGACCCUUGAUGGUAUUUCAAAUGUUGAUUACAGCUGGUCUCAAAUUUCUGGACCAACCAUUUCCAAUUUGGCAUCCAUGACCAAUUUGAAUACUCCAACAUUAAUAAUUCCAGGAAAAUUCAAUGCCCUUUCAUUCAAUAAUGGUCUCGUUUCUGGUAGUACAUAUGGUUUUGCAUUGACUGCCAAGAUUACCACUGGUGUCAUCACAACUACUGUCACAACUUCAACCACCGUUUUUGUUCAACAAAAUCCUACAUUGACUUUCACUUUACAUGAUGACAGCACCAAUCAAGCUGUUACUUCAGGUGUUGCUGGUACAACUGUUUUCAGAAUUAAUAUUACAAGAAACUCAAAUCCUUACUCUGAUUCUAGUUUCAAAUAUGGAUUUGGUUUUUCUGAUUCUAGCAGUAUUACAAUUCUAACUGAUAUGAGUGAAGGACCAGCAACAUUUAAAUUGCCAUUCAUUUCAGGUCAAUCAAGUGUUGAUAUCUACGUUAGAUGUGAAGGAGAUCACUCAGACAGUGUUCAAAAAUUGACAACUAUCUCAUUGACAAAUCCAGUAUCUAAUUUGCCUCCAAGCCAAGCCAUUUCAACCAUUCAAAAUCUCUUUACUUCAAAUUCAUCUGUUGCUGAUUUGUUGGGUGCUGCUUCACUUUUGAACACCAUUACAACAACCGAUUCUACACAAAUCGCAAAUAAGCAAUCUAUCAGAAAUUCAAUCAUUACAACAAUUUCUAAAGCAAUUUCCUCUGGAGAUCUUGGCUCUGCAAUUAAGGCCCUCUCUACAGUAACAUCUGUCACCUCAGAAAUCACCAAAACUUCUGCUGACAAUACACUCGAUACUAUGAUUAGUGGAACCACCAAUCCACAAUUCUCCAGAAAUGAAGUUGAUGCACUCGUUAAUAUUGCUUCAAAUAUUGUUACUGUUUCAAGCAGUAGUAAGACACUUACAUUUGGUAAUGCAAUGGGAUCAAAGCUUGUUGCACACAUGUCCCUGGGAGAUUUAGUUAGUAGUAGUGGAGCCAAUUUUGGAAUUGCUGUUUCCAAGGGCGUGUCUUCAUUGUCUCUUUCAAAUGUAUCGAUCGCUUUAUCACCAAAUUCAAGAUCUUUGGCUGGUAUUGAAUGUUACUUCAUUGUUGAUAUUAAGGACACACUUGGCUUCUUACAAUGUUUGGCAAACAGCAACUGGGUAGCCAGAACAGGACCAAAAUACGCACCAGGUACUGAAAGAGCAAUUGGUGGAGUCACAUAUUCUGUUGGUUCAUUGAUUUAUGACAUGACACCAAUGUACGACAAUGGAACCAUUGUUUCUGGUAAUGUUACAAGUUUGAAUGAUAUUCAAAUUACAAUUCCUUACACAGGAUCAUUGACACCAGUUUGUGGUAUUCAUAAUAGUGAUGACACUUACUCUGUCAAUACCAAAGCUACACUUAUCAAAGGAAGUGGAUCAGUAACUUGUAAAACAAAGGUCUUGAGAGGAAAUGUUUUGCUUUUGGCAACCCAAACUACAACUGAUGCCAGUGUUACACCUAAGAAAUCUACAGUUCUUGGCGGAGCUGAAACUAACAAGUUGAGUGCUUUCUUAAUGUGUCUAUUGUUACUUGCAAUGUUACUUUUCUAA